ACGAAAACGCACAAUACCUCGACCUAGUAUUACCGCCACUUCCACAAAACCAAGAAGUACCACAAGUUCAGCCGCAAAUUGUAGUCGCACCACAAGCACAGCCACAACCGAUAGCAAAUCCACUACUAAAUCCGCCUCUAAACCCA